CAGUGUUAGUACUAUAGUGUAGUAGUAUCGCCACGGUGAAAGAUUAGGCUACAUAAUAUUACUUCUAACUAUCAUUGCUGGCUUCAAUUAUUACCUGUGGAGAAUUAGAGCAAAAGCCCCGUCAUCGGAGAGGCGUGCAGCAGCGCAAAGAACGUUCCCCCAGCACUUUUUCAAAGAUGUUGACAUGUCUAGUACAGGCUAUGUAAACCACGUUCGUACCUGGCCCAGGUCCGGUUGGCUUUGUGUAUAUUUUAUAAUCACACUUCUCGGACUGCAAACGUGCUACAAGCUCGUAUCAUGGUAUUUGUAUCUCACCAUGCUGUUUUCGUUGUAUGAACAGACCGUGCUGACGGUCGUGCUGAUCGUGGGCAUCCUGGUGGCGGCCAUCUUUAUUUGUGGUGUUAUAAGACACAGGCGCAGUAGAAAAUUAUCAUGUGCAGCUCAGCCAACAGUGCCCAAGCCCCGGUUCAGGAAAAGGGAGAAGUUUCUCUUUUAUGGACGCAAGAUGUUGAGAAAGGUACGAUCAAUAUCUGGGGCCCAAGUCCACUCUGUCCGUCGACAAGUGCGGAAAAGAAGAGACUACAUCAAUCUAGCCAAAAGCUUAAAAAAUAUUCUGCAGACUGACGAUGGAGGUAUGCAACCAGUCCUUCAGAUCAAGGAGCCGCCAGCUGCCAUCUUAGAGGCUGACCUGAGUGAGAUCCAGCUACCUCCAGAGCUUCACAUACCUCCCGAGGUGCUUUACAUGCUGAAAAACAUCAGGGUAUUUGGUCAUUUUGAACAGCCGCUCUUUCUAGAGCUGUGUCGCUCAGUGGAGACCAAGUUCCUUCCAGCUGGGGCGUUCCUGUUCCGGAGGGGUCAGGCUGACGACAGCAUCUUUGUGGUUCAGUCGGGCAGACUCUGCGUGUACAUCACUGAGCCGGAUGGUCAUGAGUUCGAAGUGAAGGAAGUGUUACAGGGGGACAGUGUACACAGUUUACUCAGUGUUCUAGAUGUCAUUACUGGCCAUCCUAACCCAUACAAGACAGUAUCAGCCAAAGCUACCGAGGACACCAUGGUGCUCAGGCUACCAGUCAAGGCCUUCCAGUCCGUGUUUGAAAGAUACCCUGAGAGUCUCGUCAGAGUGGUCCAGAUGAUGGUCGUGAGACUCCAGCGAGUCACCUUCCAAACUCUCCACAACCUUCUCGGCCUGAGCAGUGAACUUAUUAACAUGGAGGACAUCAGCGACCCCAAUCUUGCCAUCCACGCCCUGAGUCGUAAAACCCUCAGCCCUUCCAAGAAGACCAACUCAAUGGCUGUUGCUACCGAGGAGACCGUCGUCAAGGCAACGCAUCCUGAAUACGAAGCUAAAGAUGCCUUGAGGAGAGUUUUAUCAGCCGAGAAGUCGGGGAAUUACAGCACAGCGUCUGACAGUGAGCAGGAGUUUAGAGCAAGGUCCAACUCAUCAAAUUUGAGCGUAACGUCGAGUCAGAAGAAGCAGAAGCCGACGUCUCUUGAGGUGGAUACGACAGGACGACUCCUCAUGAGUGCCUCCGACUUCCAGGCGGCUGCCGGCCGCGCCAGAGUCCAGGGUCUGGACGACAGUCGAGCCUGCAAAUCGAGCUCAGGAAGGCUCUCUGAGCUAUCCCACUCUCUAAGUGAAGACCUAGGAGGUGAUCCUCUCACCUCCCCAGGGCCAGACUCUGUCUUCACCCAACAGCGAGGCUGUCUUCUUUCAUCCUCAUUUGACGGCAAGGCUCUUCAAGAUGACCUCCCAGGCCCAUCGGGGACCGACAGCGGGUCAGAGUUCAUCAAGGGGUUCUCCCCAAGCCCUCGACCCCCGAAGCGUGUCACCAUCGCUGAGGGUCAUGAGACGUGCCCCAGUGAGAGGAAACGUCACGUCUCUGGAGACAACCAGAGCUACACCGACGAGGAGAUUCUGGAGAUGGCCAAGAAAGAUCUGGUCAUGAUCCUGGGUCUAGAGGAUGCAAGUAUUCUCAACGACCAUGUAAACAUCGCACACAUUCAAGCCGGCAAUGUUGUAGUCAGGGAAGGAGAUCAGGAAGCGAGUCUUCUGUUCGUUGUGAUCGGUAGCUUAGCCAUGAUCCAGACCAUAGUCGACACUGAAGAGGAACACAUCAUCUACUUGGCCAGGCCAGGGGAGUUUGUAGGUGAGCUUGCCGUCUUGACCGGUGAGCCGUCAUUCUUCACCGUCAAGGCCAGGCAAGACUGCUUUGUGGUCGCCAUCAGCAAGACAAGUUUUUACAGCAUAAUGAGAGUGUGCCCACAAGUGGUGCUACGCAUCGGUCACUACGUGGUCAAGAAGUUGUCUCCGUUUGUCAGGCAGACGGACUUUGCUCUGGACUGGAUGGGCUUAGAGGCUGGCAAGGCCGUCUACCGGCAAGGCGAUACGUCAAACUGUGUCUACAUCGUCCUGAAUGGGCGUCUGCGCUCCGUCCUACAGCUCCCAUGCGGCAAGAAGGAACUGAUGGGUGAGCAGGGCCGUGGUGAGAUCGUCGGCGUGGUGGAAGUAUUAACCAUGACGGAUAGGGUGACUACUGUUCAUGCCAUCAGAGAUACAGAGCUUGCCAAACUACCAUCGGGUAUGCUGGAUCUGAUCAAGCGCAAAUAUCCGCGCACAGUGUCCAGACUGAUCGAGAUCUUAGGUCAAAGAUUACUGGGUCAAGUGCAGGAGAAGGCUGGAUCACACGCAAUAACAGACAUGCAUGCUUCAGCACCAGUGGAGAACCUCUCAACCGUAGCCAUCAUUGCCGUCUCGGACGACGUUCCUGUCUCCAACUUUGCUCUGGAACUCAUGCACUCGCUCAACUCGAUCGGAUCCGUUCUGCGGUUGACCAAGGAGCACAUUCUGCAGACUCUGGGCGGGUCAGCUCUGGACAGUAUGCACGAAUAUAGACUGACCAACUGGCUGGGUCAGCAGGAAGAUCUUCAUCGUAUCGUUCUGUAUCAAGCGGAUAAACGUAUGACAGUGUGGACCAAGAGAUGCAUCAGGCAGGCUGACUGUAUCUUGAUUGUUGGCCUGGCCCACCAAGACCCCAACAGGGUCGGCGAAAUGGAGAAGCAGAUCGAGAUGUCCGCAGUCCGCGCCCAGAAAGAACUCAUCCUCCUCCACCGGGAGAAAGACGGUGUCUACCAGGCCCCGGAGCGGACUGCAGAGUGGCUGAACGCCAGAGGCUGGUGCAUCUCCCAUCACCACAUCCGCUGCCCUAAGAGGAUGUUUAGCCGUCGCUCACCAGCGAAGAUCCGAGAGACCUACGAGAGGCUGUUUGAGAAGUCGCCGGAUCGGACAUCGGACUUCUCUAGACUCGCCAGGUUCUUGACGGGGACUUCCUUUGGGCUUGUUCUUGGAGGAGGUGGUGCUAGAGGGAUGUCUCAGAUAGGAAUCAUGCAGGCCAUGGAAGAAGCCGGUAUCCCUAUUGAUAUGGUCGGUGGGACCAGCAUCGGCGCCUUCACUGGCGCCCUCUUCUGUGAGGAAGGGAAAGUGGCCGGGAUCGAGUCGCGAGCUUUCAAGUGGUGCCGGGACAUGGGAUCCUUGUGGCCUAAGAUAACUGACUUGACGUACCCAUUCUCUGCAAUGUUUACAGGUCGUUCUUUCAACAAGAGCAUCCGAGAUACUUUCUCCGAUAAGCAGAUUGAGGAUCUGUGGAUUCCGUACUUCAACAUCUCAACGGAUAUUACCGAUUCCAAGAUGAGGGUCCAUACAAGCGGAUCUGUAUGGAGGUACACCAGGGCCAGUAUGUCCCUCUCUGGCUACCUUCCUCCACUCUGCGAUCCAAAGGAUGGACAUCUACUUCUGGACGGAGGAUACGUCAACAAUGUACCAGCUGACGUGAUGCGAUCCAUGGGUGCCCAGACGGUCAUUGCGGUGGACGUCGGUAGCGAAGACAACACCCAGCUCACCAACUAUGGUGACGACCUCUCUGGAUGGUGGCUGCUAUGGAAACGAUGGAAUCCAUGGGCAAGCAACGUCAGGGUUUUGGACAUGAGCGAGAUCCAGAGUCGUUUGGCAUACGUCUCUUGCAUGAAACAGCUCCAAGAAGUCAAGGCCAGUAGUUACUGCCAAUACAUCAGACCACCAAUCAACAGGUAUAAGACCAUGCACUUUCACAAGUACAGUGAGCUUCAAGACAUCGGCUACCACCACGGCAAGACGGUGUUUGAAGGCUGGAAGAAGAGCAAGUACCUGGAUGAGCUCUUUAAAGAGAAACGAGUCUCUGAGCGGCGGAGGGCUGACAACCCACAGUCUUCAGGUCAGAUUCCCCGCUUCACUGAUCUUGCUGCCAUGGUGUCACGGCUGAACGCUCCUCAGACAACAGCCUACGAUGAUGAUGAAAUCGACCACACAGAUUCAGCUACCCUCUGGAGGUUGGAGAGCCGCUUCUCUAGAAACUCUUCCGCAGACCAAGAAAGCGACUUCCAUUCCUACGGCGUAUCCAGCGAGGAGAUGGAGAUCGAAGAAUCCGAGUCGGAAAUCUCGCCACCUCCCCCCAGGAGCCUCUCACUAGACGGGGUCCGACAGCGGAUUGUGAGGUCUAAUGAAUCUGUGGAAGAUGGGGAUGAGGAGGAGGAGGAUGAUGACUAGUAAAGAUGAGGUCACAUCUCGCCUCCUCCCCCUGGGAGCCUUUUACGAGACGGGGUACGACAGAGGAUUGUGAGGUCUAAUGAAUCGGCGGAAGAUGGGGAGGAGGAGGAGGAUGAUGACUUGUAAAGAUGAGGUCACAUCUCGCCUCCUCCUCCUUGGUGCCUCUUACGAGAUGGGGUACGACAGAGGAUUGUGAGGUCAAAUGAAUCUGUGGAAGAUGGGGAGGAGAAGGAGGAGGAAGAUGAUGACUUGUAAAGAUGAGGUCACAUCUUACCUCAUAAGAAGAAGAUACCUCACUUAAAGUCAUCUCAUUAGAAGGUACCUCAUUUUAGAGUCACCUCAUUGGAGAUUCAAGUCAGUGGAGCUACAUGUAAUAUCACUAGAGGUCACCUAACACUGGGUCACCUCUCGCCUCUUUAGAAGAUACCUCACUUGAGGUCAUCUCAUUAGAAGGUACCUCAUUUUAUGGGUCACCUCAUUGGAGGUCAAGACAGUGGAGGUCACCUUAUAAGGGGUAACCUUAGUGGUCUCAUAGGGGAGCCUUAAUAAUCCGCACAAGGUAUUAGUAAUGGUCUCAUUGCAAAAACUUUCUCUCUUGAUUUUUCAAACUAGUUGUAUCUUGAUUAUCGCCAAAAAAAAGUCUCUAGAUUUUGCAAAAAGGUUGCUUCUGGCGCCAACUUAUUUUGUAUGUAUAUCCGAGCUAGUUUAAGCGAGAUACAACAGUUUGAGAAUUUGCUACUUGUCUAUAACGCAAGUGCUAUUUCAGGAGCAACUUGUUUGCACUGAGUCACAAAAUGUGUAUUACUCUCGUACUUGUAAAAUACAGCGUCAAACCUUGUGCAACUUUAAUGACACGAUUUAAUGUAAGUUGCUUUACAGUGAACUUGUAAUGAGCAUUUAAAAAACAACCUUGCCAUCAUAACAUAUUUUUCUUAGGAAUUGCUGCAAUCUAUUAUUGGUUAUUGAGGCAUUGCAUGGUGAGUUACCAAUGGGAACAUGGUGCUUUUUUUGCAUGGGGCUGAUGGUGGUGUGACAUAUAUCUUUGUGGUUCUACCUAGUGUAAAACUCUAUGGUUUUUACCAACCAAUAAUGUCUGUGCAAGCAUGAAUAUAAUCAGCAUAUACUGUGGGAAGGGCUAAUUGCCCACACUAAACCUAUGAUACUUUUCCCCCUCACACAGACUGUAAUGACGCUGAUGUUAAACUAUUUGCACAGCUUUGCAAAAUGCUGUUCAGUCACUUUAAAAUAAAUUCACCUUCGUCACAAAUGUCUGUUCUUUUGCCUUCAUAACUGCAAAGCUGUGCAUUACAGGAAAUUACCUCAAUGUCUAUUAGUAACCAGGUUAUAAUUCUUGACAAGGUCGUAGUUUGCACCCUUGCAAUUGGCUGUAUCUCAAAAAUAAUGCAACCACCUUUUGAAAUGAAAUUUUCAAAGGUUAGUUUACUGUAUAUAAAAAAAGUACAUUUAUAUAGGAUUA